AUGUUUGUAAGAAAUGCAUUUGCUCAAGUAUCUCAAAGGCAACAUGUGUGUGUUAUCUGCUAUGCUAUUAUUAUAAAGAAUUUGGACAUACCAAUCUAUCCACAGAUAUACUCGGCAAAGUCAAACUCAUCUGCUUUUGUCAGCUGUAACAUGCUUGUCGACAUGCUCACCAGCGACUGGGAAUUGCGUGGAAAUGACCUGCAAAUUUUAUGCAUGCUUGAUCCUUGCGCUGAUGAGGAGAUGACAUGUACAACUGACAACAAACACAGUGUUCCGGAAGAAAUCACCACUUCCAAACGUCUCAGAGCUGUUCAUUUGAGGAGUAACUCAACAUAA